AUGGAUUCACUGGUAGAAGACGAUAUCUGCAUUCUGAAUCAUGAAAAAGCCCAUAGGAGAGCUCCUGUGACGCCAGUCUCAAUAUAUUCAGGAGAUGAAUCUGUUGCUUCACAUUUUGCCCUUGUCACUGCAUAUGAAGACAUCAAAAAACGACUUAAGGAUUCAGAAGAGAACUCUUUCUUAAAAAAAAGAAUAAGAAUUUUGGAAGAAAAGCUUCUAGGAGCUCCAAAGGAUGAAGAACCAAGUUCUGUGGGACGAGACCAAGUAAAUAAGGCCUAUCAUGCGUAUCGAGAGGUUUGCAUUGAUAGAGAUAAUUUGAAGACCAAAUUGGAUAAAAUGAAUAAAGACAGCUCCGAAUCUUUGAAAGUGUUGAAUGAACAGCUACAAUCUAAAGAAGUAGAACUCCUCCAGCUGAGAACAGAGGUGGAAACUCAGCAGGUGAUAAGAAAUUUAAAUCCUCCUUCAUCAAACUGGGAGGUGGAAAAGUUGAGCUGUGACCUGAAGAUCCAUGGUUUGGAGCAAGACCUGGAACUGAUGAGGAAAGAAUGUAGAGAUCUCAAAACAGAGCUACAAAGAGCCAAACAAAUGGAUCCAUCUCAGGAAGACAAUCUGAAGAGCAGAGAUCUCCAGAGACUAAGCAUUUCAAGUGAUAACAUGCAAAGUACCUACUGGGAACUGAACAGAGAAAUGUCUAAUUUACAUCUGGUGACUCAAAUACAAGCUGAACUACUAAGAAAGCUGAAAACCUCAACUGCAAUCAAGAAAGCUUGCUCCCCAGCAGGAUGCAGGGAAGACCUGGGGAAAGACAGCACAAAACUGCACUUGACGAAUUUUACUGCAAUGUACAAAAGACACGUGCCUCUCUCACCAAACGGCAAAAUUCUUUGUCAUGCCACCUCUUCCCCUUUACCAGGAGAUGCAAAGGUUUUAUCAGAGAGAGCGGUUCUCCAGUCGUGGACAGAUCACGAACAAGCCAUUGCUCACAAUGGCACAGACUUUCAGGAACACAACUCUUAUGGCAGAAAUUCUCUGGAAGAUAAUUCGUGGGUGUUCCCAAGCCCUCCUAAAUCAAGUAAGACAGCAUUUGGGGAAACUAAGAAUAAACCUUUGCCUUCACCUAACCUGCCACCCCUGCAUUACUUGGAUCAGCAUAAUCAAAACUGCCAUUAUAAACAUUGA